CAUGAAAUAUAGUUCAUUUUUCAGAAGAACUUGUCGAUUAAGAGAGAGAGAGAGAGAUUGAAGAAUCAGUUGCGUUAUUUUUGUUCAUUUGUUCAUAAUCAUCAUUCACAGAAACUACGUAAAAUGACAUCCAUUUCGAUCUCCUUCAAAUCCGAAUCUGCACCGUAUUUCGGGCUGUAUGCUCAUACUCACAGAUGGAGGAAAAUUGACCGCAGCGCCAUAUUUUUCGGCCAUGAAUUGCCAAUCACUAUUCCCUACUCUGUCACCUCCGAUCUCAUAUUCGCAACUUUUGUUUUUCGCAAUUUUCUUUUUUCCCUACAAUUCACCAAUCAGCGGCAAAAAAAAAUUCCCUUACGUUUUCAUCUAACAUCACUAACUAUCAUUGUUUUCGAAUCCGGCGUCCUUAGACAGGUUUUCGCUACCAUUAGCGUUCAUUUAAUACAUUAAUGCUUUAGCUGGCUCCCAGAGUUGCAGUAAUUCACCGCAUUGGUAAGGAUGAGGGGAGCUGUGCUCGUCGCAGUUGCUGCAGCAAUCGGGAAUUUGUUGCAGGGCUGGGAUAAUGCAACCAUUGCAGGAGCUGUUAUGUAUAUCAAGAAGGAAUUCAAAUUGGAAGGUGACCCUACAACCGAAGGGCUAAUCGUGGCCAUGUCCCUAAUUGGGGCUACAUUCAUUACCACAUUCUCAGGACCCUUAUCUGAUUCAGUUGGACGACGUCCUAUGAUGAUAGUCUCCUCGCUUCUUUAUUUCACCAGUGGUCUUGUUAUGUUGUGGGCGCCUGAUGUUCACGUCCUGCUAUUAGCCAGGCUAUUAGAUGGAUUUGGAGUUGGACUUGCUGUUACAUUGGUUCCUGUGUAUAUUUCCGAGACCGCCCCGGCUGAGAUUCGGGGGCUAUUAAACACCCUGCCUCAGUUCACUGGUUCUAUUGGAAUGUUUUUGUCAUACUGCAUGGUUUUUGGAAUGUCCCUGACGAAAUCACCUAGCUGGAGACUGAUGCUUGGAGUUCUUUUUAUGCCAUCUCUUGUUUAUCUUGCUUUAACCAUACUGUUUCUCCCUGAAUCUCCCCGCUGGCUUGUCAGCAAAGGCAGGAUGAAUGAAGCCAAGAAAGUUCUGCAGGAACUUCGGGGGAGGGAGGAUGUUGCAGGGGAGCUGGCUCUGCUGGUUGAGGGUCUUGGUUCAAGUGAAGAAACAUCAGUAGAAGAGUACAUGAUUGGCCCAGCAACUGACGAAUCGAGUACUGAAAAGGGUCAGAUCAAGUUAUACGGACCCGAGGGAGGCGGCGCAUCUUUGAUUGCCAAACCCGUCCGUGGACAAAGUUCAAUUGCCAUAGCGUCCCGCCAUGGAAGCAUUUUUAACCAGAGUGUUCCAUUGAUAGAUCCUGUGGUAACUCUCUUUGGCAGUAUCCACGAGAAGGUUCCUGGUGACUCGGGAAGUUUGCGCAGUAUGCUUCUUCCAAACUUUGGAAGCAUGUUCAAUAAUAUGGUGACCACCGAUCAGCAAGGGAAUGACAACUGGGAUGUGGAAAGCCAGAAGGAUGGUGAUGGCUAUGUAUCUGAUCCUGAAGCUGAAGCUGAGGAUAACGUGAAGAGCCCAUUGCUCUCACGUCAGACGUCGGACAAGGAUGUCGUCCCAAGGAGAGGCAGCACCAUCAUGAUCCGACCAAAUGCUGCUGGUGAGGCAGUUAAUACUACAGGAAUUGGUGGUGGCUGGCAACUGAUGUGGAAACGAACCGAGCGAGUUGAUGGAACCGGGAAAAAAGAAGAGGGAUAUCAAAGGAUAUACUUGCACCAAGAAGGCACAGAUGCACAUCAGCAUGGAUCUACUCUUUCUGUUUCUGGAGGAGGUGAAAUGCAGGGUGAUGGAGAAUAUAUUCAAGCAGCUGGUCUGGUCGGCCAGUCUGCUCUCCGGAUUGGCAGCCAUCCUAUUGGCCCAGAAGUUAUUCGUCCAUCUGAAAGUGCCACUAAAGGGCCUUCUUGGAGAGAGAUCUUAGAGCCAGGAGUCAAACGUGCAUUGUUUGUUGGUGUAGGACUUCAGAUUCUUCAGCAGUUUUCAGGUAUAAAUGGUGUACUUUACUACACGCCUCAGAUUCUAGAACAGGCAGGUGUUGCAGUGCUUCUGUCCAAUCUGGGCCUUGGUUCAGCCUCUGCAUCACUACUCAUUAGUGCUCUCACUACAUUAUUGAUGCUUCCUUCCAUAGGCGUUGCCAUGAGGCUUAUGGACGUAGCCGGUAGAAGGUCACUUCUGCUAUCUACCAUUCCUGUACUGAUAAUAUCACUGAUCGUACUCGUCGUCGGUAGUAUGAUCGACAUGGGUUCUGUCGCCAAUGCAGCAAUCUCGACCAUCAGUGUUGUAGCUUACUUCUGUUGCUUCGUCAUGGGCUUUGGUCCAAUCCCCAACAUCCUUUGCUCCGAGAUCUUCCCAACGCGAGUUCGAGGCCUCUGCAUUGCUAUAUGCGCCCUCACAUUCUGGAUCGGAGACAUCAUUGUCACGUAUUCACUUCCGGUUAUGCUCACUUCCAUUGGACUAGGUGGGGUGUUCGGUGCCUACGCCGUGAUAUGCAUCAUUUCCUGGAUCUUUGUCUUCCUCAAGGUUCCUGAGACCAAGGGCAUGCCCCUGGAGGUGAUCUCCGACUUCUUCGCCGUGGGUGCGAAACAAGCCGACCCUAUAACCACAGUAGAUAAUUGACUUGAAAUGAGGUUUUGGUUGUAUUAGAAUCCAUGUUUUGGCGGGAAUUUAAGACAUUUUUCCUUAAAUUUCAUAAUGAUAUUCCUUCAUCA